AUGGAGCUCGACGACACACACCCGAGCCUAACCUUCACCGGUACAUGGGAUCAUUUAGUUGACCAGCCUGGUGCGGUCAAUGGUACCCUUUCUCAGAGUCGAAGCGCUGGAAGCACGGUUAAAGUAAUAUUCAACGGGACCUCGAUAACUGUCUACGGGGUUAUAUAUCCUGGGAGACAAAGGUCGCACCCAGUGUCUACCUACGUAAUCGACCCCGAUGGAAACAGCACCACGCUAUUCAGAUUCGCCCCAGCAGUGCCGGAGAAGACCGAUUACAAUGCGAAAUUCUUUGAAUCGCCUGAACUAACGCCCGGUCUGCACACGUUGUUGAUCAACGUGACGAAUGACGGCAGAUAUUUUCUGGAUUCGGUGACCGUGAAGAAUGAAACAUCCUCAGGGCCCGGCGCGAAGAAUCGUUUUUCGAAAAAGGAAAAGUCUGCUGAAGGAGACAGGGAUUUCAAACAGAGGCUAUCAAGUAACACACCUGUAGAAGUGAUUGUGGGCGCUGUUAUUGGGAGUAUUGUUGGGCUGCUCCUCCUCGUGCUGAUUGUCGUGAUGGUGCGACGUCGUCGUCGGGCGAAGAUGGACGUAGAGAGGAAGGCUGGCCACCCCGAGCGAUUUGACAGUGCCCUCCGCUCAAAGCCACUGCCGGGGAUCCUAGCCACAGAGACAGGCUCCAUCUCGUAUCGCACGUGCAACAGCUACAACAGAGUCAACUCCUAUCUCAAUGCGCUCCCCCAUGAUAUGAGCAGCGUAGGCACCCCGCGCCGCUCUCGUUUUGGCCUCGAAAGCGUCUCUGAAAAAGACGAGAUUGCUCCUCCUGCACCGCGUCCAGUCACUUUCGCUGUUCCUCCCGUCGUUAAAUAA